GCGGGGCCGGAGCGCCUGGCCUCGCCUCGCCUCGCCUCGCGAGCGGAACUCGGAGCGGCGGCUACGGCUCGAGACCUUGUGUGUUCCGCGCGCCUCGCCAGAAGCGCUCGCUGAGUGGAGCAGCGAGGGGACACGCGACUGCUGGGCGCGAGGACGAGUUCCGCGAGCUCGUAUGUGGCGUUUCGUGCGCAGCUCUUGAGGCGUUUUAUUACCUCAGGAAAAUUAACAUCUGGCAAAAGUGCUUCUUCACACGUUGUUUGUUGAGCCCAGAAGAGGAAAGAAGGAUAUGGAACCAGAGCAGAUGGAGCAAGUGUGUAGCACCUUGGAGAAGCAGGAGCUGGCGUCUGAGGAGGAGAUGCCGGAAACUGAGGAGCAAGAGGACAAGGUGCAGGUAUACAUGGUGGAGGAUGAAGAUGAGGAAGAUGAAGAGGAUGGGGAAGAGGUAGAAGAGGCAAAGGGAUUAACAGAAUCAGAUGCUGAAGCAGAUGACGGUGAAGCAAAGUGGCAGCCAGAAGAAGAGCAGAUCCUUGAGCUGGAGCCUGAGGAACAACAGAAUCCCAAGUUGGAGAAACAUCACAAUUUUGAGGAGGUGGAGGAGCAAAGUCCUACAGAUGAAAAUCAGGAUUUAAAUGAAGAGGAGGAACAGUAUUCCUCCAGGGAAAAAGAGGAGGAGGAAUGGCAGAACCGUGCAGAGGAAAAACAGACCCUAGAGGAAGAGAAGAAAUGGCAGAACUUUGAAGAGGAAGGACAGACUCUAGAGGAGGAGGAGGAGGAGGAGGAAUGGCAAAACCGUGAAGAGGAAGGACAGAUUUUAGAGGCAGAGGAACUGCAGAACCGUGGAGAGGAAAGACAGACUCUAGAGGCAGAGGAGGAAUGUCAGAACAGUGGAGAGGAAGGACAGACUCUGGAGGAGGAGGAACUGCAGAACCGUGGAGAGGAAGGACAGACUUCAGAGGAUGAGAAACAAAUUCCUGAGUUUGAGGAACAGUGGAAUGAAAUACAGGAGAAGGUAGAAAAGGUAGAGCCAAAGCCUGGACAAAAUAAAGAAACAGAGGCAACUGGAGAGCAGGAAGUAGGUCAAGAUGAUAAACAGGAACACAUAUCUAAGGAAGAGGAGGUGGAAAAGCAGCAGACCUCAGCAUGUGCUAUUCCAAGCUCACGUUCAUUUGCAUUUCUUGAAGAAGAAACCGCUAAGGCAAUUUUACGCGUGUCCCGUACACUCAUCGUGCUGAAAGGCCUGCCUGGCAGUGGAAAGAGCCAUCUUGCUAGUACAAUAAAAGAAAAUUACGAGGAAUUGUGUUCUGUUGUCAGUGCUGAUGACUACGGUAUCAAACCUGACAAGUACGGAACAUCAGAGGAGGGCCAUAAGGCCUUGGAUGAAGCAGUGUUGACCUGCUUAACCUCUGGCAUGGCAGUGGUGGUGGUGGAUGACACUAACCACACUCCCAUUCGGCUGGCCAGAUUGGCUGAAUUGGCAGAGCAGCACCAAUACUGUGCAAUAUUUUUGGAACCUCGCACCGAAUGGAGUGAAGACAUAGAGCAGCUGGUCCAGAAAAGUCAAAGGGGGCUGAACAAAGACCAAAUGCAGGCUUUGAAGACCAGUCUUGAGGAGACAUCACUACCUCUCUUCUUUGGCUGGUUUGUGUGUCACCCCUUCCAGGAAAAUUUGAGAAGCAUUGCAGUCAACUUCCUCAAAACCCUAGUUAGCCUGGAGGCCUUCAGGAAAAAUAUAACUGAUUUUAAAGAAGAUGCAGAAAAAGACAUAGAUCUGAAGGAGCAUUUUCAUGAUAAAGGCAUGCUGCACUGCACCACAAAGUUUUGUGAGUAUGGGAAAGCUGAUGGUGCCAAAGAAUAUGCAGAGAAUCAGGCUGUGAAAGAAAGCUAUGGCUGCGUGUCCCAGCUGACACUCAGUGCCCUGUUCGUCACGCCUCGCACCCUGGGUGCCACAGUGACCCUCACUGAGGAGCAGCUGCAAUUGUGGCCAGCCAAUGCAGAGGAGGAAGGCGUAUCCCAGGGCAGCAGUGCCCACAUCACGUUGAGCUACGCUGAGGGUGUGGACCCGCUGCAGACGGGCCCGGACCUGCUGGAGCUCGUGCGCCUGCAGCAACAGGGCCAGGAAGGCGAGACUGUGCAGGACUCAGAGCUCGGGUUGCUCACCUACUUUGGCAAAGGCAUGUGGGUACUGGGCCUGCGUGAGCCCUUCCUAGCCACUGCAUGCUUCUCCAGCUUUUAUGGCCGCAGGGAGCAGGAGGAGAAGGAGGGAGAGGAAAAGAAGAAAAAGAAGUGCAUCAUCCAGUAAUGCAGUGGGAGGAUAUCUUGGCUGAGCAGCUUUGAGGUGUAGGUGCUGCAUGUACUUGUCACUCAUCUACUGGGGUGAGGGGAGGAGUUGGUUUCCAGCCUUGUUGAGGAAAGUAACUAAAAAGGGCAGCACCUCCAGCAUGGACUUUCAGAACCAAAAAUGUCUUGAAUUAGUGGUUCCUUUAGCAAUGUGUAGAGUCAGAGCUAUCUCACUACCCUUUCCCCAGAUCCUUACCAUAUUAGCACCUCAUACCCCUCCUGUCAUCUUUAAUUGGUUUUAGUGAGACUGCAGUAUAGCUGUUAUGAUUUUGUGUUGGCUGAAUCGCAACACGGAAUUGUGGUGUAGGCAUCACGGUACUUCAUGCCCUGUUUAGGGGCCGUUUGCGCCAUGUCACUUUGGUAAGUUGUGUUCUCAUCCCUGCACAUCGUGGGGUGAUGACAGGUUGUGGGGUUCUUUGUUUCAGACUGUGGAGGCUGUUUUGACCUUGUGAAAAAGUUUGCUAUUGUCACUGUAUUUUUUUAGAGCGGUGUUGACUUAGCCGAAAACUUUUUUUCUUUAAACCUUGCACAUGCUGUAAAGUGUUAUAUAGUAGCACUUUGUACACCUUUUGCAUGAUGCAAUUCCAAAUAAAGGCUGUAGCUGGUUCUGAGGGUGAAAUAUUUCUGCACUGCUCCAGUACAAACUGUGUAAUUCCUGUUUUUAUGUGUCACCUCUGCCUACCAAGAAAUACAGUUCUUCUGUACGAUGGACAA